AUGGAGGAAAGAGAGCUGAUGGAGUACCAAGGUGAAUUUCUUGUUCCAAUGAAGCCCUAAACUUGAGCUGAAAAUUAAACUUAAACUAUGAUUUACAUAUCCAUAAUAGAGUCCUUUGUGUUCAAUGAAAAUUUACAAUUAAGCUGAAUCUUGAUUGUUGAUAUUAAAGCUUGGAAAUUCUUUGUAUUUAACAGAGGCUAUUUCCAAGACUCUGGGUGAUACAUACCAGCGGUUGUACGAGUUACCAGAUCCCAAGCUCCCGGUCAAGUAUCCACGGACACCAGGUUACAGGCCACCAGCAGAGGAAAACCCUUACAAUGCUUGGUGAGAGUCAGCUGUCUAUUAGACAGAUAAGAACUUAAUUUUAAGACUGGAAGUUAAUGAGUUAAUGUUAUGUGCUUAUUCAACAAAAAUUAUUAUCAUAGAUAAACAACCUCCUAGCUAGGUGAGGUAUAGGUAUUCACAUACUUGUGGUGGAGGACAGGGGGUUUGGAGCCUGGGGGAAUAGAGGGUAGGGGAGAGAAAAUAGCAGUAGCUGGGAGAUAAAAGAGGGUGGGAAGUGGGAGUAAAAGAGGGACAUUAGUUGAAAAUGAUUGAUAAGGGCGGAAGCUAGAAACGCAUGGUAUGGGAGGUGGGAGGUGUGGACCCUUCUGUUACCCCCUUCCACAUACACACACACACAUGGAUAUAGCUGGAGUAUGGUCGUUUCACCACAAAGUCGUUUCGCUACAAGUUGUUUUGCUGCAUAAUGAAGUCGAUAACUGUUCUUAUGUGGACAUGAUUUGGCAGAUUUAUUCGCUAUCUUCCGAGUGUAGAGAGAGAUGUUGUCACACGCGUCCAAGGUGCCCCGUUUUGGGGGCACUUACAGUGACCGCAUUGGCGUAAACGUCAGCUCUCCCUGAUAUGGUACCAAUCUCCCAGUCUCCUGUACGUGUCUCCAGAUCUCCCAGAUAAAAUUGAAUUUUGAGCUUUUAUUUGCUUUAGUUUGGAAUUUAGCCCGUUUUCUUGCAAAAAUGCAUUUUUUUCGAUGAUGAAGAGAGAGAGAGUCUCCAGAUCAUUUAGAUCUACAAAGGUUGGCAUCUCUGCAUUGCUCAACUUAGGAUGGCCUUAGUUCAUCUGUGAGAUAUGUGUUAAACCCUGCAGUGUGCGUUUUUUAUCAGGUACUGGCGCUGUGACAUCAAAGGAGCACCAAGUGGUAAACUGCAAGGCAAGACAGUUGCCAUUAAGGAUAACACGUGCGUAGCAGGUGUACCCAUGAUGAAUGGUUCCCGGAUGUUGGAUGGCUUUGUCCCGGAUAUCGACGCCACUGUGGUGUCCCGGAUAUUGGAUGCUGGUGGACAUUUAGUCGGCAAAGCUGUUUGUGAAAACUUGUGCUGGGAUGGUGGGAGUUUCACAGCUGCUACCGGGCCGGUGGUGAAUCCACACAACAAAACGAGGAUGGCCGGUGGCUCGUCUUCGGGAUCGGCUGCUUUGGUGAGAUCAGAAAAUGAUUUUAAAUAAUACGCUGUUCUUAUUGUAAUUCACCCACUCAUCAAGUCCUCGUUUUCUAACUACGACGUUUCCAUAUUUGUUAAUGAUCGCUUCAAGUUAGGCGAUUGUUCAUACAUGUUAAGUUAGUUGUUUCAAGCGUACAUAGAAGUUUAGUACAGUACCGCAAAUGAUCCCCGGCCGCAAAAGAUCCCCAGACCGCAAAUUUUUAUUCGGGGUAGGUGUCAGAGAGUUUCGGGGUUACAAAUACUAUCAUUUUCUCAAAUUGAUACUGAGUAUCUGGUAGAUUGGAUUUGACAAAUUUCUUCUUAAAAACAUCAUGUGUAAGUCACGUUCUUAUAUACGUUCUUCUGCUUGUAAUAACUUUUCUAGGAAACUUUCUAGGCUAGCCUGUCCAAAGUACUGUGCUUUCUCGAAUAUGAGUAAGAGUGUGAAACGAAAUGCCUCAAAUUUUAAGAAAAUAUUUCUCUCUCCAAAAAUUCGUUUAAGAGAAAAAUCAAGCAAACUUUUACUUCCUUUCUUCUUUUUUAUUUUUUGCAUUUAUUUGAGAGGCAAAAUUUAUUCAGUUUAAUACUUUUGACACGUUGAUCCCGUAUAUCUUGACUCCAAGCCAUUCUGAUUUUCCUCUCGGGAUCAUUUGCGGUCGACAAUGGAGAUCAUUUGCGGUCAAUUUUGGGGAUCAUUUACGGUCUGGGGAUCAUUUGCGAAGGAAGUAGCCUUACCCUUUCUGCUCUUAUAGUUAUUUAGAAUGUCUUUCUGUUGGUCCUCAAGGUGGCUGGAGGAUACGUUGACAUGGCGACUGGUAGUGAUCAAGGUUGCUCUGUAAGAGUCCCGGCCUCCUUGUGCGGAAUUGUGGGAUUGAAACCGACUUACGGAUUGGUUCCGUUUACGGGCAUCAUGUCAUUAGAUGUGACUUUGGAUCAUACGGGACCUUUGGCCAGGACUGUUUACUCCGGUGAAUUAAGGAAUGGGGCACUGCAAAUUUGGAGGGGGGUGGUCUUUUUAAGUGGGGAUUUUACCUUUCGCAUUAAUAUUUUAAAUUCAAUAUCUACUCCCCAUAAGCAUUCAUUUCUCUCUAUUAUUAAUGUAUUACCUGUGUCACGUGACUUGUCACGCCCAUUUUUGACUUUUUUUUUCAAUCCAAAUUUACACCACUUUAUAAAUAACACUUGUAAUUUAAUUCACUUUUUGUCAAUGACUAUUGACACAAAGUUUAUGGAAUUAAUCGGGGUUUUCUUAAAUUAUCUACGUUUUGUAAACUAUAACGUUUCUUGUUAAGAGGGAGACUGGGACGAGAGAAAUAUAUCUAAUAAUUACGAAGGAAUGGAUCAUUUCACAAAUCCCCGAUUAAUUUAGCUUAUCUGACUGUAAAUGAAAUAUUAUGGAAGGAAAAACGAUUGUGGUCACAUUCAGUAAACUGGUGUAAUCUGCAAAGUCCAAAUUUUGCAUAAUUAUGGGCGUGGCUGGUCACGUGAUCUAAUAAAAGGAGUGUUUAAGGUCCAAAGUGGUUGUGGUCUUAAACACAGCAGUCUAAGAUUAAAAUAAAGGAAGAUACUGGAAAAAACAAGAUCAAGUCAUAAAACCCCGCAUGUAACGAAGACCCAUUCCUUAAUUCACCGGAGUAUGACAUUGCUUUGAUGCUAGAAGUAAGAUGACAAUAAGCUUUAAAGUUCUGUUGGAAGAGUUUAUUUUUUCUACGGAACAUUUUAGAGCUAAAAUCGUCUGUUUAUGUGGUUAAAAGAAUUUAUUUUCAAUGUAAGGAAUUUAUUUCGAACGAGCCACCAUCUAACGGCCUCUUGUAGCCCAUUCACGCUUCGUCAUUCGGAUAACUUCUCCGCCGGCACGAAAACCAUACCGAAUAGGGGUUCUGUUAACGCAUAAGAACGGUGAUUUUGGUGCAAUUUCUGAUAGCCUAAGUGUUUGUUUGUACUGCGUGUUCCGACCGAAUUUCUUUAAAUUUAUGUUCAGUUUUGUCACACUGAGAUGCGUUAUUACUUGCUACAUUUGCUAAACAGAACAUCUGAUUAGGGAGUUAAAGCAACGACGCUUUUAACUGAGCGACGAACGUCAACCGGAAAUAGACUUUUUGCACUCUUUGGCCGUGAUUUUGAACAAAUUCUUGGGCAAAUCGUCUCUAUAAGAGUAAAAACACUUAGCAAUACAAAUUAAGUAGCGUCAAGGCAUAUUAAAAGAGAAAAUUGAAAGGCUCACUUCCGGUUGACGUUCGUCGCUCAAAAAUGUCGCUUCUUAAACUCCCUAGCUCACUCAGUAGAGCGCUUGAUUGCAGAGCGGAAGGUCACUGGUUCGAUCUCCUAGUCUCAACCAGUACUCAUGGUCUUAAAAUAAUUGAGAAAUAAAGGUGCUACCUUUGUCCUGCCAGACCCUCGCGUGGCUCGGAGGACAACGUUAAGAUGGCGGUCUCGUCUCCAGGAGGAGACGUAAAAAUAGUGUCCCCAGUUCGUUCUUUCAAACUCAAUACGUUAGCGCUCAUAUAAAGUGCAUUCCCUGUGAGUUCUCUGUGAAAACAGAGUGUUUUUAUAUGACGCUCAUUCUCUCUUACGUUAACUAAAGGGAACGUCAACGGAAACUGAUUUGCUGCUUUGGGCCGUGAGAUAGCGGGGAGGAGGGGGAAGAUGCGGGGCAGAAAUGUCAAAGUAAAGGUAGUUUGUUAUGGCAGUAUAAUGUACGAGGGCAAAUUUUCUCUAUACCUGAUAACUUUGGCUUAACAUAAUAGCCGUUUCACAUUCGUCAAUUUAGCAAUGUAGUAACGGCCGCGAACUUAGCUAGAGCUAGUCACCUCUUUUUCUGGGAAACUGUCCACCUACCCCUCCCCUAAGCUAACAUUAAUACUUACUUCUUACUUAGGGGAAAAUGAUGGUUUAGAGGAGGGGUAGGUGGGCAGUUUCCCAGAAAUCUAAACUGAUCCAAUAUCAACAGGUUAUUGCUGGGUAUGAUGACGGUCUGGAUCCAGGACAGCCACGUGACCUACACGUUCCAGAGUAUACGUCACUGGUGCGUAUGUUGUAUACAGCUAUUUCGAGAAAGGUUGUCGGAAAAAAUGUGCUCGCGAAAAUCGCGAAAGCUAAUAUGGGAUAUGACUAAUACACUAUUCCUGACACUGUAGCUGUCGAAUCUACUUUUGCUGCUUUUCUUUAGCACUCGCAAACAUAAGGCUAUGGCCUAUCCUUCCACUCUUUCAAAUUUCCUUGAAGAACUUGAGUGAACACGAAACAACCCAACAUACCUUUCGGGACGGUCGCGUGCACUUUUCCCGACCACCUUUCUCGAAAAAGCUGUACAUUGUUCUCUUGAUUGUGCUUAGUGCUUUAAUUUAUAAAUUUAGCCAAGGUCUUUGUCUUUAGUGUCGUGCAAGUCAUGACAUAUCACGUACUAAAAAUAAAUACGCAAAAGCUAAAUUUAGCGCUUAAAUAGAGCUAGCAGGCUAUCGAAUCCAUCAAAAACUCAUUUGUCCUGAACAUUUCGCCCGUUUUAAAACAACAACUUUCCAACAAGGUGAUCUAUUCAAAAGAGAUAAAAGUUUUAGGGCAGUCGCGGUUUCGUUGAAAUUCAUAGCAGCUUUCCCAGAAACCUCUACGGCAUCUCAGUCAUUUAUCUUAAGUGAAUUUUCUUUUCAACCUAAAUGAUUAGUAAAAAGAAUAGUGUUCUUAUUGUUGACCCAAACAUUUUUAUAAAAAUUACAUAAACAGACUGCAAUCUUACUUACUGUCCCCUCUGUCCCCUGUGUCCCUUGUGUCCCCUUGUGUCCCCUGUUUCCCCUUGUGUCCCCUGUGUCCUCUUGUGUUCCCUGUGUCCCGUUGUGUUCCCUGUAUCCCCUUGUGUCCCCGUGUCCCCCGUUUCCCCUGUGUCCCCUUGUGACCCUUGUGUCUCCUUGUGUCCCCUGUGUUCCCUGUGUCCCCUUGUGUCCCCUUGUGUCCCCUGUGUCCCCUCUGUCUCCUGUUUCCCCUUGUGUCCCCUGUGUCCUCUUGUGUUCCAUAUGUUCCCUUGUGUUUCCUGUAUCCCCUUGUGUCCCCCGUGUCCCCUGUGUCUCCUGGUGACCCUUGUGUCUCUUUGUGUGCCCUGUGUCCUCUGUGUCCCCUUGUAUCCUCUGUGUCCCCUUGUGUCCCAUGUGUCCUCUGUGUUCCCUUGUUUCCCCUGUGUUCCCUUGUGUCCUUUUUGCCCUUUGUCCCCUUGUGUCCCCUCUGUCUCCUGUGUCCCCUUGUGUUUCCUCUGUCUCCGGUGUCCCCUUGUGUCCCCCGUGUCCCCCUUGUGUCCCCCUUGUCCCCUGGGUUCCCCUGUGUUCCCUUGUGUCCCCUGUGUUCCCUGUGUCCCCUUGUGUCUCCUUGUGUCCUCUGUGUCCCCUUGUGUCCCUUGUGUCUUCUUAUGGCCCGUUGUGUCCCCUGUGUUCCUUGUGUCCUCUGUGUCUCCUUGUGUCCCCUUGUUUUUCCUGUGUCCCCUGUUUUAUCCUGUGUCCCCUUGUGUCCCUUGUGUCCCCUUGCAUCCUCUGUGUCCCCUUGUGUUCCCUUUGUCCCCUGUUUCAUCCUCUGUCCCCUUGUGUUCCCUGUUUCUCUUGUGUCCCCGUGUGUCCCCUGUGUCCCCUGUGUCUUCUUGUCUCCCUUAAACGCCUUCAGGCGUCUUCGUGUUGAAGGAAAUCAUAGACAACAAUUUUCCAUUGUCCACACUUCUUGUGCGCUCUCUAGUAGAGAGACAUGGUGGGUCAUGUAGCAGCUGCUUGGAAGAGAAGUCACCAAUGGCGUGUUUCCCUGACCCCAAACAAUACUAAAACAAUUGGAAGAAUGACAUGUCAUUGUUUCCUGCGACCAAUUAGGAGAGACCUUACGAGCAGCUUCUAACUUCUACACCACUCGGCUCCACAUGGUCUUUGAAAGUUCCAACAAUGGAAAUUGUUGUCAAAUGGACCCUAGAAAUGACGUCAGAAACUUCGAAACUCACGUGAAACCACUUGAGUUUGUUGUUGUUGUUGUUGUUGUUGUUUUUCCUGCACCUAGUUAUACUGGCAACUAUGAAAUGACUUAACAACCUCGUUCCCAGGGCUUUUUCCCAUUUUUUAAGGGAAAAAGCCCUGGGAACGAGGUUGAUGUCUUAACUUUGCAAAGUGAAAACCUAGGCCUUUUCCGAGUUCCCCUGGCCUCUGUUUCAAAACGAGGGUAGGUGCUCAGCCUUUGAUAUGGAAAUCAUUUUUCAUUCUCAUGCAAAUAAAACUCAUUUUUACAAGAAAGGUUGUGCACCUGGGCUCAUUUUGAAAGUGAGGGCUUUUGGAACUGGGAAGUGGCCUAUUACCCACCUGGCGUGUGGGAUGAAACUCAGCAUAGCAAUUUGCCGCCUUUAAUCAAAUUUCGCAUUAUUUGUAUCAGCUCACAGGAAAGAUAGAAAACUUGAAGAUAGGAAUCUUAAAAGAAGGGUUUGGUUUGGAAAUCUCCGAACCGGAUGUUGACAAGAUGGUGAAGGAAGCCGCUGGACAGCUGAGCCGUAAAUGUGGCGCAGUCGUCGAGGAAGUUUCAAUUCCAAUGCAUUCAGAUGGUAAGCUAUUCGCUUCAAUACUCAGUCAGAAGUGCUACGUAGCUGAAUCUAGUUACUUUCGAUAAUCCUUUUUUGAACCCGGAUCCAAUGCAGAGAAAAAUGAACUGAGAGAAACGUCACACUAUUUUCCUUCGUCCUGUCAUACUAAACACCGUGAAAUGUCUGUUGACGUAAAAUAAGCUCUUGUUUAAUUCUUUAAAAGUUAAGGCGUGCAGCUUAGUGACUCGCUACUGGGUAGAUAACGCAAAUCAAGGCUGAGUAAGAUUUUUUUUGAGCCUUUCUAUGUGUUUUGAAAAAAGCCACUUUAUUUCCAUUAUUGAUAGAAAAAUCCCGACGGAUUGAGCAACACAGUCAACAAGACUCUUGGGCCUGUUUACAUGGAGGUGGGGUACCCCAGAUAGGUGAGGUAACAUUUGGCGGGUCACCUCACCUAUCAUGUAAACGUGAUCAAAAGGACUGGCGGGUUACCCCACCUUAGCCGGUUACCUCACCUACUCGGGGUACCCCACCCUCAUAAUGUAAACUGGCCCUUAGCUUGUGUUCACCUUAUACUGGAUAGCUCUUGCGCCAUCAUGUAAAAUAAUCUUCGGUCUCAUCCUUUUUUUAUACCACAGCUGGUCAUAUUAUAACUGCUAUUUAUCAUCUUGGAAGUCAUCGAAUGGUGUUCGAAGGGGGUGGUAAGUAUUACCCGCUAUCUAAACUCACAGGCUGGUAGUAGUUUUUCUGUUGGCGUUAAGAAGAGGUCAAUCGAGAUUCAGCUAAGAAGGAACAUUUUGUGGUGGACAAGCAUCUGCAUGUACUGUAAAUCCUCUAUUAAGCCACCCAAGGGGCUUGUUUAUUUCAAGGCCAUUUUAGAGGGGCUUAAUAGAGACUUUAUUUAGAAAAGACGAUGGUAUCAGUUCUUCAUAAAGAACUAGAAUACAAACUCGGGAAUAGCUCAAGUACAAGAGGGUUGAAGGUCAUGCAGCCGAGGAUCAGAAUCAGAUCCGAACAAAACCACCCCGGAUUAGCCCACACGAAGUUUUACACUCGUGAUUGAUUAAUACAGUCUAUCAUUUAUUAGUGAAGAAUAAUUAGGGAAUUGGAGGGGGGCUUAAUAGCGAGGGAGGCUUAUUAGAGGGGUGGGGGGGGGGGGUUAAUAGAGGAUUUACGGUAUCUAAAACGGGGAACGGGGAGUGGCGAGUGGCGAUUUGGGAACGGAGAAGAGGGAACAGGGAACGGAAACGACACGGGAACGGGAAAAUGAAAAAAUGGGAACAAAACUUAACUUAAACCUGGCCUAGCUCUAUCUGUAAUUACAUUACCCAUUCUCUUGUUGAAAACUUUUUGCAACAAAGAUUGUACUGCAUCAUAUUACAUUGCAUUACUUUGCAUUAGUAAUUGCAUUACAUUGUACUGUAUGGUAUCGUAAUCUUGGUGCACUCGGUACAGCAAAAAGUACAGUCAUGUUAGCCGGAUUAUAACCUGUUAGGGAAACGACGGUAGAUGUGUUAAAUUCACCUUUGUAACUGCAGAGAUCUGUGGACUGAUUUUUACACUACAUACCCUCCCUGAAAGGUUUUGGAUCAUCUGGCAAGAUGUACUAUGACACAACCCUUCAAGAGGCUUUUUUGCGCGGCCUGAAAUGCCACUCCAAUGACUUGCCAGCAACCUGCAAAGAGUCCAGACUGAUUGCAAAGUAUUUGCACGACGAAUACAACAGCGUUUUCUAUGGAAAAGCGCAGAACCUGGGUCGAGUUCUUUGUAGAGCUUAUGACGAAGCACUCGAGAAGUGUGACGUGUUGAUUUUACCGACUAGUCCAAUUAAGGCACCAGUCUUCCCACAACAGAAUGUUUCUCUGAAAGGUAUGUUAACAAUAUGUACCUUGUGCAAUUGUUGAUUAGUUUUAAGGAAACGAAAGUUCUGAACUCUUUUUGUUUCUGAAACAACGAAAAGGGAAGUGUUAGGGAGCUAUUGUGGUUGAAGAAGGUGGUUCCUACCUGGGAGAGGUUGGGGGGAGAGUGAUGUUUCAGUUUGUUACCGGGGACUUUAAGAUGCCACGUCGGCGACGACAAUGAGAACGUCAAAAAAGCAAUAGGUUGAAUAGGCAAAACAACAACUCUGCACGCGCGUCACGCUUUUUUGUUCAUUUCUUUGCCGUCACUGCACGACUACGACUAUUUGACGUUUUAUCGAGGACCUAAACAAGCAACGGCUAAAUUUUCUUUCUCUUUCUGAACUUGAAUAUGAUUCUUAGGAAUUCGGCUCUAAAAGAGGUCGCUUGCAUUUGACAAAGUAAAUGAGUUGGAGUAAUCGGUAUAGAGAUUGAAAGAACGCAAAUUCACUUUUUAAGCGACGUUUUCGUGGCCGUCGCGGUCGUGGUAUCUUAAACUCCUUACUGACAAGCAAUGGUAACAUUGUUCAGAAUUGAAGAAAGUAUUGAAGACCUCGUCCCCCAAUCAAAAAACUGCUGCACCGUCCACCUAUAAAAAUUUAGUUAAAAGCCACUGAGCAGUACUUUCUUUUGUUCUGUUUAUUGUGCUUCACAAGGUGGUUAUUACUUUGGACUCUGUGGAUGUAAUCUUUAAGUGUGACCAUUCAAAUGAAAGCUACUGAGCAGAACUUUCCUGUGGUGCUGUUUGUUAUGCUGUACAAGCUGGUUCUAACUUUUGAGUCUGUGGAUGAAAUCCUAAAGUGUAACCAUUCAAAUGAAAGCUGUUGAGCAGUACUUUCGAGUGGUACUGUUUAUCAUGAUGUGCAGUGUGGUUCUAACUUUUCUUUGAGUCUGUAAACGGUAGUCCUAAAGUAGUAUCAUUCAUAUCAAAGUUACUGAGCAGAACUUGAAUCUGUUCAUUAUGCGGUGCAAGGUGGUUCAAACUUUAAAGCCUUUUGAAUACAUCCAGGUCGGUGACUACUCCAAGGAAAGCCCGCGCUAAGCAGCGGUUUCCCAUGUCACUGUUUUUCGCUCUGUAUAAUGGGAUAUUAAGUUUCUGGUUGGAUAAAAUCCAUGAGGACGUCCAUGGAAGAAAUUCGAGCAGAUUAAUCAAUUAGAAUUAAUUGAUUGUCCUACAGGAUAUUUGGAAAGGGCAUAUGUCAACAAUAAAAACACUGCCGCAUUCAACGUGACAGGCAUCCAGCUCUUUCAAUCAACGCAGGCUUCAGUGAAGGAUUGCCAGUUGGAAUGA